GCUCGGUGUCAAAGCACGGAGCCCGUACAGCAGAACACAUCAGAGAGAAUUAUUAGAUGAAUGGUGCAUUUCUCCGUGGACUUUCUACACAACACUCACUUUUCGGGUUAUCAGAGUAAGGCAGCCUACGAGGAAAACAUGUGCAACACAGAGGAGAGUUGUGCUGUGCUGGGCUCGAGGCAGCGGGCUCCAGGGCCUCUGUGGUGCUCCGAUGCCCCUCUCCCACUAACGAAGAUCCCGGGUGGGCGAGGGACGGGCAGGGAUCUCCCUCACAGUGUACUGCACAAGGACGAAAAGUUGACGGUGACCCAGGCAGGGUCGGUAAGCGGAGCGCCCCCUGUCCUGCACUUCCAGUACCAGCUGAGCGAGCGACGGAUCUCCUCCUGGGACACGGUUCUGUCUGACGACGCUCUCUAUCUGGAAAUCCCUGCUGGUGCUCUUCACAAUGGCAGCAGAGAAGGUUUCACCAGGCUGCUGGAGUUUGCAGAGGAGCAGUUGAAAGUCAGCUAUGUGUUCCUGUGGCUGCACAAAAACAGAGAUGAUCGACUGUCCAUAAUGAAGACCUUCCACUACAUGGGUUUUGAAGUGGUGAAACCGGGUCACCCGCUGGUGCCGGCUCGGCCCGAUCUCCUCUUUAUGGUCUAUUCUAUGGACAGCAGCAGUUCAGAUGAAGAGUGACCAUCACACUCUCUGUCAAUCUUAAGAUGCCCCCCACCCCUCUUCCUCCCCCUCUCUAAACCUCUGCAUCAAAGUGACUUUAAAGACAGGGGGAGGGCCGUAGCUGCGCCAACUAACACUCUGAUUGGUUCAGCUUCGGGUUAUUAUCUCACCGAUCUGUUCUGAUUGGUCACUCCAUCAGCAGGAGGUGGGUUGGUGCUAAACCAGAAUCCAGCAUAUCCUUUCUGUUAAUUCACACCAUAUAUCAAAACAGUCAUGUAUAGAACAGCAGAUUUAGAUGGCAGAGAUGGUAAUGAUACGUUUUUCAGAAGGGAAUGCAUUUGUAAUCGACUGUAAACUGCUUUUUGUUGGCGAUUUAUGUGCUUCAGUUCGUCAGUCUUCUGGUUUUACUCUUCUCUAGGAGUUUCAGCUGGUUAAUCAUUCAACAAAAAGCGCUCAGCUCUUAGUAACUAAGACUCGACUCUCUUCAACAGCAUAAUUAGUCCUUCAGACGCUCAUUAGGAUUUAUACUACGUUCCAUUCAGCUCUUUGAAUGUCCAACUUUCCACAGUUUGAGUGCACUUGAAGUUGGACGUCCAACUUGGAAAGGUCUAUGGAAAUUGUGAUUUCAGUCUAAAACGACACAGGAACAAGUGCAAAGGAAGUGCUAAAAAUUCAGUUCUAAGCAACUUAAAUACACAGUUGAAUGCAAAAUCAUUAGCCCUCCUGUGAAAUGUAAAUAUUUCUCAAGUAAUGUUUAAAGGGCAAAGGGGAUUUUCACAUUAUUUCUUAUAUUUUUCUUCUGGAGAAAGUCUUAUUUUUUUUUGUUUGCCUGAAAUAUAAGUAGUUUUUCAUUUUUAUACUUGUUUAAAGAUCAAUAUUAAUAGCCCCCUUAAGAAAAUAUAUAUAUUUUACUGACUACAGCAAACCACUGUUGUCUAAUGACUUGUCUAGUCUAAUCUAACUUGCCUUUAAAUUGCAUUUUAAGCUGAACACUGAUAUCUUGCAAAGUAACAAUUAAAUAGUCUGUCCUGACAUCACGGCAAAGACCAAAGAAACUAGUUUUUAUAAAUUAAUUAUUAAAACUAGAUCUUCUCUAAAAGAAUUAAACCUUCACAGAAGGGGUAAUAAUGUUGUCUUCAACUGUAAGUAAAAUUUCCCACAUUAAAUAACAAUUAAAAUGAGAAUAAAUGUGUGUUUAUAUCCUCCCAUAAUCAUCAUGCAACCAAUGGCUUUAUUCUCAGUAGUUGAAAAUACUGGUUGCAACGCAGCAUUCUAGUUUGAGUUUAAUAAAAACACCAUAGCAUCAUUCCAGACCCCAACAAUGCACUUAAGUGUAAAAUUAGUCGACGUUUAUCUUAGUCUGGUUGUGAGGUUUGCUUUUAACAAGUCCUUUGAAUAGAAGUCAAUCGGCCCAGGUCUGUUUAUUCUUUAAAAUAAGACCAGACUUGAACGCUUCUAGAUGCAUGAGCAUGUUUGUGAUGAACCAUUCUAGUUAAAUAAAAAACAAACAAAAAAAACCCUAUUGACCUUAUUCUGCUAUGCGGAAGUGUGCUCGUUUUUGCGACGGUUUUAUACUUUCCAAUUGAGUUUCCUAUGGGAGGAUUAAUAAAACGGUCAAAAUACACUACCUGACGAACGUCUUGUCGUUGAUCCCAGUUGUAAGAGCAUCAAAUAGUAACUUGACUUCUAGUUGAUCAUUUGGAAAAGUUUCAGAAGGUAGACUUUUCUGAUGAAUCAUCUGUUGAGCUACACCCCAAUCACAAAUACUGCAGAAAACCUAUUGGUGCCCACAUGGACCCAGGAUUCUCACAGAAAUUAGUCAAGUUUGGUGAAGGAAAAAUUAUGUAUGGAUGCAGUUCUUUAAGCUCAAAGGAGUCAUACACAAUAUUCAUUCUGUUUCCACUGCAGCAUGACUUUAUAAUCUAUACAGGACAUUAUUUCUGUUAAGUGACAAGACUUUUGUCUCAGCAAAGUCAGACAUUACUGUCCUAAUUAUUCAUUCAUUUUCUUUUCGGUUUAGUCCCUUUACUAAUCUGGGGUCGCCACAGCGGAAUGAACCGCCAACUUAUCCAGCAUAUGUUUUACGCAGCGGAUGCCCUUCCAGCCGCAACCCAUCACUGGAAAACCCAUACACACUCAUUUGCACACAUUUAGCCUACCCAGUCCACCUGUACCGCAUGUCUUUGGACUGUGGGGGGAAACCGGUUCUUCCUAAAACUUGGAUAGCUGACAAGACUUUUGUCAGGGAGUGUACUCGCUCUACAAACAAGUGUGUUCAUGACUUUACAUAAAAAGUAGAAUAAUAUAAUCAGUUUGCAACAUCAAGCCGCUGUUUCUAAUGGCUAAAAAUCAAUUAUUAAUGAGACCGUAAAAUCAAAAGUGAAAAAUCUAAUCAAAAAUCAAAUUGAGUCUCGAGCCAAAAAGAUUCAUAUGGCAUGAAGAAUGAGGUCAAUAGAUCCUCGUUUUUAUUUAGGAAGAUGCUCUGAGUCUUACCAUAGUCCAUUAUAUCAUUUGUCUUCACAAUUCAUGAGAGUAAACCAACCCCACCUUCUGCCCCUCAGGGGUUUAACACAAGCACUUUAGGAAAACACAAGCAAUUCAGUCCGCGGCGCAUUGCAGAGAUGUAUUUUGAGCCGUUUGAGAUGUCUUGCAGUGUUUAGCGAACUUAACGUAUACUUGCCAAAGAUAAUGGGCUCCAUUCAAAGUGAACGCCGCCUCAAGUUUCACUCAGAUAAGACAGGUAGCAGCACCUUCAGAAUAGCAGGCUCGGUAAAUCCCGACGCAGUCAGGUAAAACAUGCAAAAACAUUCCCUGGAGCAGAAGCCUCUGUUUCCUCCAUUCUGGGUCAUCUCUGUGGAAAUGAUAGGUGUUCAGCGAAUUCAGACUUCUCAGCAGGGUGGCCUUUAGGUUUUGCAUGUGUAAAUAGAUCUUGCUUUUCCUCAUGGGCUGUGACAAUAAGCUUUUAGAGAAUGUUUGUUUGUUUGUUUUUGUUCUUAAAUUUUAUUUUUAUCUACGAUAUUAUUUUGUCUAUAUUGAUUGAUUCAUUAAGUUUUUUGUAGUGUAGAGUUUAGAGUGAAAUCAUUUAAUGACAAUCUACACUUGUAUACCUUGAACUUUUUUCCUUAUGUCCAAAUAAAACACACAUGAAAAAAAUAAACAUCA